UCAAUUUUUCAAGAUGUCGUCGCUGGAGCAGAGGCUAUCGCGAAUCGAGGAGAAACUAAAGCAGGAAAAUAAAGAAGCUCGCCGGAGAAUUGACCUCAACAUCGAUAUGAGUCCACAGCGGCCACGUCCAAGGCCAAUCAUCGUGAUCCAGCUCAGUCCUGCUCCAGCUCCUUCCCAGCGUGCAGCGCUUCAACUGCCACUGGCCAACGAUGGAGGCAGCCGGUCGUCGUCUUCAGAGAGUUCACCUCAACACCACCCAUACCCCAGCCGUCCACGACACAUGCUUACCCUACCCACACCUCCAUAUGGUCUACAGAAAAGCCUAGAGAAUGCAGAGAUUGACCAGAAACUACAGGAGAUCAUGAAACAGACGGGAUAUUUGAAGAUUGAUGGGCAGCGGUAUCCAGCAGAAGUAGCAGAUCUGAUCAAUGAGGGAGAGAUCGGCAGCGGGACCUGUGGACAGGUCUUUAAAGUGCGGUUCAAGAAGACAGGACAUGUCAUUGCUGUCAAACAAAUGCGUCGUACAGGAAACAAAGAUGAGAAUAAGAGAAUCCUUAUGGACCUGGACGUGGUGCUGAAGAGUCACGACUGUCCUUACAUCAUCCAGUGCUACGGCGCCAUCGUAACAAGUACAGAUGUUUUCAUUGCGAUGGAGCUGAUGGGGACGUGUGCAGAAAAGUUGAAGAAGAGGAUCCAAGGCCCCAUUCCUGAGCGAAUCCUCGGAAAGAUGACUGUAGCAAUAGUAAAGGCAUUACUGUAUCUGAAGGAAAAACACGGUGUCAUCCACCGGGAUGUUAAACCCUCCAACAUCCUCUUAGACGCUAAGGGUCAGAUCAAACUGUGCGACUUCGGCAUCAGCGGACGCCUUGUCGACUCCAAGGCCAAGACCCGCAGCGCUGGCUGUGCUGCCUACAUGGCGCCUGAGAGAAUAGACCCUCCAGAUCCCACCAAACCUGACUAUGACAUCCGUGCAGACGUCUGGAGUCUGGGCAUAUCUCUGGUGGAGCUAGCCACAGGACAGUUUCCCUACAAAAACUGCAAGACGGACUUUGAGGUUCUAACGAAAGUGCUGCAGGAAGAUCCUCCUCUGCUGCCUCUUAGCAUGGGCUUCUCCCUUGACUUCCAAUCCUUCGUCAAAGAAUGCCUCACAAAGGAUCACAGAAAAAGGCCAAAAUAUCACCAGCUACUUGAGCAUAGUUUCAUCACACGCUAUGAAGUUUUGGAGGUGGACGUGGCCGGUUGGUUCCAAACAGUGAUGGAUCGGACCGAAUCGCCGCGCAGCAGUCAGUGUUACAGCCAUCAGCACCAGCUCCACUCGCUCUUCAGUAGGUAGCCUAGCCUAGCCCGGCUUGGCAUUGGCUCAGCCCUACGUCAGCCAAUCUUAGCUUAGCCUGUCUUAGCAUACCGUCAGCCAAGUCUACCGUCAUACCUAGCCCACCUGUCUCUGGUCAACGGAGCACCUGGACAGAGCAAAGGACACGUAUCCUCGGUGGAGGACUCUGGAUGGAUAGAUGGAGUGAUGGAUGGAGAGAUGACACAGGCGGCUCUGUAUUAUAGCGGUUUGCUGAAUCUGGUCAGGCAGAUAUGCAGUGAGAGAGACAGUUUUACACUGUAGUUAGCAUCAUUUGUUUACAUAUGUUCACACUAUCAUCGUCUCACAUCAACGUAUGCAGUAACCACACACACGUAAGUGUUACUGUUACAUCACAGAGCUGUGUGUCUUGUAUAUGAUUCUAUCUUUCUCCACUUUUUAUUAUCCAUUUACAUUCAUGUUUGUUUUCAGCAUUGAUCCAAACCGUUAGAUUGGUCAACAGAGUAGUCACUACACACUGAAUGAGCUUUUCAUGCAUACACAGAUCUCUGUUGUAACUUAUUAUAUAUAUAUUGUGGCAUUCAGUGCAAGUGGAAUGCUUCAGGAGUUCUUUUUGUCACACAUUCUCAGGCUCAGUCCGUUUAUUUAAAUAUCAAAACACAAUCACUCAGUAUUUUUUAAAACAUAUUUUAUAAUCAUUUAUUCACUAAAACACAAAUGAGCACAUUGUAACCUGUUGGCUACGUACUUGAUUUUUAAAUUGUCAGGACUACAGGAAGGGCUUAGAAAUGUUUUUGGAUUAUUUUUUUUAUUUAAUUUGAAGUUGCAAGACGGGGAAAAUUUUUAAAAAGGCAAACACUUGUUUCAUUCUGGCAUUGAUGAACUGGAGUCUUUUGUUUUUUGUUGUUGAGUAGAACUAUGUUUUCAGGGAAGGUUAAGAUAUAGAAGACAUGAUUUAGAAAGUUGUAGAUGAUGGGAUAUUACCUUUAAACUGUUUAGUUUUUUUAUAUGUAUUGUUCUAUAAUUGAGAAGUCAAAGGUUAUCUUGUACAGAGAAUAUCAGUGUGGUAGAUCCUGUUACCUGUGGAGCAGUUUUCCUCUAUCUGCCUCUGCUAUUUAAUGUGACAUAUUGCUCUACAUUGUCACUUGACCAAAGCUUGUACGUAGAGUGAUGCAAACAGAGGUCGUCAAAGACCAGAUUAUUGUAGUUUAGACUAUCUCUCUCAUGCAAAUACAAGACAUGUCAUGAUGAACCAAGCAGCAUUUUCAGAGCCUAGCUGAUUUAUAAAAGGCACAACCAAAGCGUGCUACAUGUUUAUAAUGAACACCCACACCGUUAUGCACCGACCAAAUCACUGCUACCUGAGAGAGCUAAAAGUGUGAGAAUCGAGAAAGAAAAACAGGAAAGUGGCGCAAGGGUGGAGAGAGUUAGUAAUGUUGACAGAUGGCAGACUAAUGUAGUUGGAAUGAUGUGAAAAGGAUAAGGAUGGAGUGAGUUGGUGUGGAAAACCAGAGUGUUAUGAAAGUGAAUGGGAUGUGACGAGGGUCAGAGAACAUAUUGGAAUAUGAAGAAAGCCAAGUAUGAGGGGAAACUACGGAGCUCCGAGGCUUAGUCAUUUGUUUGUUUGUUUUUUAAGCUUUGUGGUGUUGCACCAGCCUGCCAGUUGAGAUUUUAGAAAGUGAAAUAGUAUUUUUGUUUAUGAUGUAUAUCGUGCUGUUAAAACUGUUAUUUAUUUACUGUUGCUGCUACAUUUUAUUGCUUUAGACGCUGCUGUCACAACUUCUCCCCAAAGGACAAAUACUUUUUAAUUUUAAGCCAAAUAAGUGAAAUAUAGCAGUGUGUAUGUUUGCUACCAAAUACAAAAAGACAUGAAGAUUGCAAAGGCACGUGACAGAUGAAUCUGAGGAAAAAAGUGCAGGAAGAUGUAGGCACAUCAAAUGUAAAAUGUAUACAGAAAUAAAGGAAUGCUUCAACAUGGCAAUCAUGAAUCUCUAUCUCUACAAAGUGAUCUCAGUUCAUUUUAACAAGUACCGGUAAAUUAUUAACCCCCUUCAGUUUAGUGUUACACCUUUUAGCAGCAAUUUCGGGCUUGUGUUUAAAAUUCCCCAUUUGUGAAACAGCUGAAGCUUUGUCAUGUUAUAUGGGACAAUGAUAAUAAAAA